CCUGUGAUGAGGUAACGUAUCUAAGAUCCAUGCUACCUGCUUACAACUUCAAGAAACUCCCAGAGAAAAUGAGAAAAUGAUGAAAAACAUCUCCAACCCAGGGAACAUAUAUGAAUAUCUUGGCCACAGAAGAUGCAUAAUGUUUGGGGAAAGACAUUUGGCAAGAAAGAGAAACAAAAAUCACCCUUUGUUGGAAGUGUUAGGUGCUUCCUGUCUCUCUACAGACCGGGAGAAAGAAUUGGAAGCCUUCCAAGUGGCACAGCAAAAGUGUUUGCAUCAGAAGAAAGGACAAGUAGUUCUGUAUGAAGGUGGAAAAAGCUAUGGAAAAAGCCAGCUGUUGGCUGAAAUAAACUUCCUGGCCCAGAAGGAAGGGCAUAGCUACCUUCACAGGUGCUUUGGAAACCCCCUUUAUUGUGAGGUGCUAUGCCAAGACCUUCUCUGUAAGGACAUAUUGCUCUUUCAUGACCUACAAAAGGAGGAAGAGGAAAACAGCAAGUGGGAAAAUCUCUCAGCCAUUGCCAUGAAAUCCACAAUGUAUAGUAUUUCUCCUGCCAACUCUGAAGAAGGUCAGGAACUUUAUGUCUGCACAGUCAAGGAUGAUGUAAACUUGGAUACAGUGCUUCUCCCACCCUUUUUGAAAGAAAUAGCAGUAAGCCGACUCGAUCAACUGAGCCCAGAGGAACAGUUGCUGGUCAAAUGUGCUGCAAUCAUUGGUCACUCCUUCCAUACAGAUCUGUUGCAGCACCUCCUGCCUGGCUGGGAUAAAAAUAAGCUACUUCAGGAGUUGAGAGCUCUUGUGGAUAUACAUGUGCUCUGCUGGUCUGAGAGGAACCAAGAGCCUCCUAAUGAGCCCAUAUUAGUGCCUUCCUCUAUCAACAUCACUGAUCAAACCAAAGAGAAGACAAAGUUAGAUGGUGAUUCGACCUCUCUUCUCACACUACAAGAAGAAUUAUCCCUACCUCAAACUGAGGUGUUGGAAUUUGGAGUGCCUCUACUACGGGAAGCUGCUCGGGAGCUCUGGCCCAAGGAACAGCAGACAGCUCUGCACCUUGAAUGUGCCUGCUUUCUCCAAGACUUGGCCUGCCGCUGUGGGAACUGUCAUGGAGGAGACUUUGUCCCUUUUCAUCAUUUUGCAGUUUGUUCUACUAAGAGUUCCAAGGGGACCUCUGGAUUUUGUACUUACAGAGAUACUGGCUCAGUGCUAACACAAGUGAUGACAGACCAAUUGCAGCUGCCUUCUCCCCAAGAACAGAGGAAGAGUUCCUAGAUCAAGUGAAGAGGAAGCUGGCUCACACCAGCCCUGAGACAGACCUGUUGACCACAAAGCCUUGUCACUGAUUGCUAUGUCGGCCCUUUAGUGAGUGUCUGCAUUUCAUUCAAAUCUAUGAGCACAGCUGUGUUCUAAUCGCUCAGAGCAAUGUCAUGCUGGGAUCCACUCCUCCCUGGCUAUGUGGCCCACUUUGCCAUCAGUAACUCCUCCCUGUUCCCCUAGUCAUGAGUGAAUAUGUUGAAUGAGGACCUUUUACUUUAAAGAGUUCUUCUCUCAAUGUGUGACCUGCCCUGUCUAUCACCAGUGGGUAUCUGAGCUUAAGGCCUCUGUAAUGAGGUGUGAAAAGAGGGAAUUCAUAUCCCUGACUAAGAGCAUCAGGCCGUUUGAUACCUGCUUCACCAGGAUUUGGAUAAAAGGAGACUUUCUGGAGGAAGAGAACUCUUAGAAAUUUAGGAAUACAGAGUAAGCAUUUCUUCCUGGAACCCUUGUGUGAGAGACAUAAAGAUUGUCUUAGAUUCUUACUCACAACCAGUCAAAGGCUGCACCUCUGAAGUAAAAAGGGACACACAGAUAUAAGGAGUUAGUCCUUGCUCUAGAGG